UAACCUCAAAUUUGAGUGCGGCCACAUUGUUUUGUUUUGUGCACAGAAAUCGCGGAUAUUUUCCCGAAAAUCGUGAUAUAUUAGUGCUUUCUCGCCAAAAUGGGCAAGUUCAGGUCAAAGUUGAAGAGUCACAGUAAAGGAAAACGAUGGGCGUCGGGACAUUCAGCGGUUACCAACCCGGAAAACUUCAAGCAUCGCAGCAAGGCAAAGUCACGAUUCUUCCAGCCUAAUUUGAGCCUUGCUCCCAAGGAUGCUGCACAAAGUGGCCUGACACUGAAUGCAGUGAUGCAGCACGAAGCCAGGGAGAUGUACGCUUCCGGACAAGCGGAUCCCACAGUCAAGGAUAUUGCGUUGAGCAUGAAGUCCGUGAGCUUGGACGACAUGAUGACAGAGUCCGCGGGAAAGACUUUCAAGACAUUCGCAUCGAACUAUACGGACUGCACGAAUGUCAGCUUUAGCAAACUCUUGACGCGCUUCCGGGCAGAUUCUAGCCAACACAAGGAUAUGCUGGCUGUCUUGGCGGCUAUCACAGAUGUUAUAAACGACAAGAAUGGCACUCAAUCCUCCACAGAAUACUUCAUAGCGCUGCUGGAAGUGCUGGGCACGGUGAAGGAGGAUAAUCACAUGACAGCAGCUCUGUCUCUCCUCGCCAUGGGGAUAAAAUCCGUACCUCAGGCGGUGCUGAGGAAGAAGUUCUCCGAAACCGGUGAGUUGCUGUUCAAUAUUAUGCACGAGUUCGCUGAGAAGGAGGAUCAGAGCGUGUGGAGAAACGUCCUGGGAUGCAUGAGUGUGCUGCUGAGGAGUCAAGAGUAUGCUCUGUGGACACUCAGCUCCACAACAAAGUAUUUUGAAUCUGUGCUGGCGUUCACAAUUCAUUCCCGCGCGAAGAUCCGCAAAGCUGCCCAGCACGGCGUGACGAGCAUCAUGAUGGGUAGUCACUUCAUGGUGGAAUCCGAGACAGCAGUGCACGCGCAUCCGGCCAGUGGGAUCGUGCGAAAGUUCUGCGUGAUGCAGUUCAACUCGGAGAAGGUGAGCAACUCGCAGACGUUGGUUCUGCACACGCUGGGGCUGCUUCAAGGUGUGAUUGGCGUGCUGAAGGAGGAGGACGUGAAGGUGAUCUGCGAGAACAUCCUCUCCAUCAUGACGGCUUCGAAUAUUCUGGUGAGGACAACAGGAUUCCAGACUCUGCACGCACUCUUCGCCAGCAAAUUGCCCAAUGCGAGUGCAGAACUCACUGGAAAGCUGAUCUCUGCGCUUUAUGAGUACCGUCCGGAUCGCCUAGACGUGCGGCAGACAAUUGUAUGGGUGACAGUGCUGAAGGAGGGACUCCUAAGCCUGGGCAGGAAGGAUUUAUCACUGUGCAGCAAAGCCUUGCCGAGGUUUGUGGAUAUUUGCACAUCUGAUCUCUGGAUGAGUGAGAAACUGGAGAUUGUCUCAGCCACAUCGAAUGCUCUGAAGGAAGUUCUUCAGGAUUGCGUUCAGCCGUGCUGUGAGACAGCGCAAGAAGCCACCAGACAUGCGGGAUCUCUGCAGAAAGUCAUCAAGUCCAUCAGCAAAGCUUUGACUGGAAGUCCUUUUGGUCAUGUCGCGAAGCAGGUCUUUGUCAUCCUCAAAGCGACUUUUGACGCGUGUGGAAACCACCUUGGAGAUGCUCUUCAGGACACUGUGGCCACUGUUGGACGUCUGUAUGACACAGAGAGUGCUGUGAGGGUGCAAAUUGAGCACUGUCUUGUGUCGGCGAUUGAUAAAAUGGGUCCGGAGAGAAUUCUGAAAGCCAUUCCACUGACUGAAGACAAUGGCGUUGUGUCACUCAAUCGCAGCUGGAUUCUACCGCUCCUCCGCGAAUCCAUUCGCCACUCGAGCCUCAGUUUCUUCAUCAAUCACAUCCUCAGCCUGGCAGAUCAGUGUCGCAACAAGUGGCGGAAGUACGAAGAGGAGAAGAACACUCCUGUUGCUCACACAUAUGAAUUGUUGUGUUGCCAACUUUGGGGCCUCUUUCCGGGUUUCUGUCGACAGCCUAUCGAUCCGGAGAACUUCCAGAGUGUGGCAAGAACUCUUGGCAGUGUUUUGACCAAUAAUCCGGAACUAAGAACGCCAGUUCUCGACGGAUUGAAGGAAUUGUGUACGAAUCCAACGGAUGCCUGCAAGAAGGAAUUGGAGCGAUUCGCCAAGAACUUCAUGCCGAUCUUCUUCAACAUCUACACGACGAAACCGGCGACGACUUAUGCUGCUGAACAGCGCGAACUGACACUGGAAGUGAUUCAAAUGUAUCUGGAAGUGACGCCAGAAGCUGUUCGAGAACAAUUGUACGAAAAAGCCUUGGAACAGUUGAAAGACAAUGCGCCAGGGAAGUUCACGAGUGAAUCUCUCUUCGCUCUGGUGAGGAUUUUAGCGCUUUACAUGAACGAAGAGAAGCUGAGCGUACUUUAUGAUAAAUUCGUGAGUCCAAUUUUGGAGAGGAAGAAGAAAAAUGCUAUUGUGGUGAAAGAAGAGGACAGAAUUGGACAGCAACAGAAGAAAACGUACAAAUUUCUGGAGACGAUACUUCGCAGUGAAAAUCAGGGAUGCAGAGAUUUUGUGGCGAAACGCAAGACGGACAUUCGUGAUAUGCUUCUAUCGACAUUCAGCAAAACCACCGCUCAGUGCCAAGGAUCGAGACUCACGUGUCUGUCUGUGAUGUUUGAGCACGCCAAGAAGCUCAACAGUGAGUCGAUGCUGGUGAAGAAGACCAUCCCAGAACUUAUCUUGGCCUACGGAAGCUUCCAUGGCACAAAAGACACUGUGGCCGAUGAUCUGCUGAGGAGAAUUGCGGAUCUGCAUGAGAAGGACGACAAGCUGAAUGAUAUGAUAGACUCAUUGUCAGCUGGACUGGCUGGAGAUCAAGUUCUGGUGACAAACACAAUUCUGGCACUCAAGUUCCUCUUCCAGCACUUUGCUGAAAAUCUCAGAGUGACCACAAUUGAGUUCGUGCUGCAGCAAAUCCUGAGUUACAGUACAGGAAAGCAGAGACCAAUUGUGGCGUCUUGUGUGGGAUUUCUGCUGGUGUUUGUGCGUGUGAUUCCUGUGCCGCUGGUGGCGAAUCACUUGACUGUGAUCAUCAAGAAUCUCUCCGGAAUGGUGCCGGACACGAAGCGCUACUGCAGGAAGCAGUUGGGCUUCCUCUACAGGCGCCUCUGCCGGAGAUUCACCGCUGAGGAGAUCAUUAAACUAGUGCCGGGCAAUGAUGAAGUGACGCACAAGAGACUGAAGAACAUCAAGAAGGAGCAGGCGAGGAAGAAGCGUCAGGAAGCGGAGAAGGGUCACCAGAAGGGGGAUUCCGAUGAGGAGGCUGAAGAGGAGAUGCUAGAACGGAAGAUAGACACAAUUGACGAUGUGCUGGCAGACUCGGAUGAAGAGUUUGAUGAGGAGGAGAAGGAGGAAAAGCCCCAGAAGAAGAGCAGGAAGGCGAAGGAGAGCUUCAUCAAGGAAGACGCUGAGACAAUUGUCGAUUUGGCGGAUGUGAAUGCCAUUGGGAAGAUCACAACUUCGCGGCCACAGACUGAAACGGUGCUGGUGAAGAGGCCCAAGGAGGCGAAUCGUGGCUUUAAAGUGGCGUCAGAUGGUCGGCUGGUGAUUGAGGAGCCGAAGCGUGGUCACGCGGCUGAGGAGGAGUCUGAUGAUGAGGAAGAUGCAGAGGAAAGACCAUCGAAGAAGAACCGAUUGAUGGAGGAUUCAAGCAGUGACGAGGAGCUCGUUGAGACGGCGCCAAAAUCCAGGAAGCGCAAGGCUGAGGAUGCACUGAGCGCUGCGUCUGGUCACACGGGAUAUCGGCCUGGCGGAAGAGGUAUUCAUCGAGCAUUGUCUGCGUACUCUGGACAGUCGGGCAAGACAUCGAUGUCGCGCGUCUCCAAGGCUUCGACGAAGACUUCAGGAGCGACAUUUGGGCAAGAGUACAAGGCCAAGAAGGGUCGCGGUGACGUGAAGAAGAAGGGCAAGUUCGAUCCCUACGCUUACAUCCCGCUAGACAAGAGCACGCUCAACAAGAGGAAACGUGCCAAGAGUGCUGGUCAGUUUAAAAGCAUCGUGAAGGGAGCGAGAAAGGGCGCUGCUGCUGGCUCCAAGAAUCGCCUGGUCAAGAAGUAAUCCCGCACACGCAAGGCAAGUGUUUU